GUUACAGUUGAGCUGUAGCUCAUAAUUGAAUCUUCCUCUUCUUCUUUUCUCUUCUAAUUUGCAGAAGACAGUUAUUAGUUGAUAUUCUACAAAAUGGAGAAACCACCGACGGGGUUGCCUCGGGCGAAGUCGGACCAAUUGGUGGAGUCCGUGGCAGCGGCAUUCAAGUCUCCUCCUACGCAAGGUGAGGCGGCGGCAGCGCCGGACAGUGGUGGUUCCACGCUCUCUAGGAAGUCUAGCAGGCGGCUGAUGCCUGCAUCCCCUGGGCGGAGUGGCAGCAGUAGCAAAAACGCGCACAUUAGGAAGUCCAGGAGUGCCCAAUUCAAAGUUGAGUUGGAUGAAGUGAGUAGUGGCGCCGCCUUGAGCCGAGCCUCCAGCGCCAGCCUCGGCCUCUCGUUCUCCUUCACCGGUUUCGCCAUGCCGCCGGACGAGAUGGCCGAUUGCAGGCCCUUCAGCGACGAUGACAUACCUGAGGAUAUUGAAGCUGGCGUCUACAAGAAGAGAUUUCAAACAGAACCGACGUUGCCAAUAUAUCUGAAGUUUACGGAUGUCACGUACAAGGUGAUUAUAAAAGGAAUAACAACUUCACAGGAGAAGGAUAUUUUGAAUGGGAUUACCGGUUCUGUAAAUCCAGGGGAAGUCCUGGCACUUAUGGGACCUUCAGGAAGUGGCAAAACAAGCCUUCUGAAUCUACUUGGUGGCAGGUUGAUUCAAUCUACUGUUGGUGGUUCAAUCACAUACAAUGAUCAGCCUUACUCCAAGUGUCUGAAAAGCAGGAUAGGGUUUGUGACUCAGGAUGAUGUGCUGUUUCCUCACCUGACAGUGAAAGAAACAUUGACAUAUGCAGCUCGCCUCCGGCUGCCAAAGACAUUGACAAGACAGGAGAAGGAAAAGAGAGCCAUUGAUGUCAUUUAUGAGCUAGGGUUGGAGAGAUGUCAAGACACAAUGAUUGGUGGCUCCUUUGUCAGGGGAGUAUCUGGUGGAGAGAGGAAGAGGGUUUGCAUCGGUAAUGAGAUUAUCAUCAACCCUUCUCUUCUGUUUCUUGAUGAACCAACCUCUGGACUUGAUUCUACUACUGCUUUAAGGACAGUUCAGAUGUUGCAGGACAUAGCAGAGGCGGGGAAGACAGUGGUGACAACAAUUCACCAGCCAUCAAGCAGGCUCUUCCACAAAUUUGACAAGCUGAUCCUUCUGGGAAAAGGCAGUUUGCUCUACUUUGGAAAGGCAUCAGAAGCAAUGGUGUAUUUCUCAUCCAUAGGAUGUUCCCCUAUGAUAACCAUGAAUCCUGCAGAAUUCUUGCUAGAUCUUGCAAAUGGGAACUUAAAUGAUAUUUCUGUACCAUCAGAGCUAGAGGAUAAAGUGCAGACAGAGAAUUCGCAAAGCGAAACAAGGAAUGAGAAGCCAACACCAGCUGUUGUGCAUGAGUAUCUUGUGGAGGCAUAUGAGACAAAAGUAGCAGAGAAGGAGAAGAAGAAACUGAUGACUCCUCUUCCCCUAGAUGAAGGGCUAAAGAUGAAAGUGUCUAGUCCAAAGCGGCAAUGGGGAGCAACCUGGUGGGAGCAAUACUGCAUAUUAUUCACCAGGGGAAUCAAAGAACGAAAGCAUGAUUACUUCAGCUGGUUGAGAGUAACCCAAGUUCUGGCUACUGCAAUCGUCUUGGGAUUACUGUGGUGGCAAUCUGAUGGCAAAACUCCAAAGGGCCUGCAAGAUCAGGCAGGGCUACUGUUUUUCAUUGCUGUCUUUUGGGGAUUCUUUCCUGUUUUCACUGCAAUCUUCACAUUUCCUCAAGAAAGAGCCAUGCUAAGUAAAGAAAGAGCAGCAGAUAUGUAUAGGUUAAGUGCAUAUUUCUUGGCUAGAACUACAAGCGACCUUCCACUGGACCUUGUGUUACCUGUUCUUUUCCUGGUGGUUGUCUACUUCAUGGCUGGCUUGAGACACAGUGCUGGACCCUUUUUCUUCAGUUUGCUUAUUGUUUUUCUUUGCAUAGUUGCAGCUCAGGGACUUGGACUAGCUAUUGGCGCUUCGCUGAUGGAUUUAAAGAGAGCCACCACAUUGGCAUCAGUAACUGUGAUGACAUUCAUGCUGGCUGGCGGCUAUUUUGUUAAGAAAGUUCCAAUAUUCAUAUCUUGGAUCCGCUACAUGUCUUUCAACUACCACACCUAUAAGCUCCUUCUCAAGGUUCAAUAUGAGCACAUCAGUCCCACUAUAAAUGGGGCGACAACAGACACUGGCUUGAAGGAAGUAGCUGCCCUAGUAGCAAUGGUUUUUGGCUAUCGGUUCCUGGCAUACCUUUCUUUGCGGAGGAUGAAGCUCAACUGUUGAGCUUAAAGAUAUAAGAAUGUUUAAAGAAACAUGCAUCAGCAUUGGCUUCUGCUUGCCAUUGCCCAAGAGUGCUUCUGAAAGGCCUGAGCUUUGCAUUCAUACAAGGAAAAUAAGCAAGGAAGGGAACUGGAUCUUUCCGUUUUUCACCUGUAAGAAUCUGUCUAUGCUCGUAAUAGGCAGUAGGAUAAGUGGAUUUUAAUAUCUGAAGAGCUUUUGCAAAUGUUUCUGGAAGAUCACAAACUGAUUCCAUUACUCGGUCUUACUAAAUAUUGUCUUCUCAU